AUGGAGAACAAUAUUAUUCAACCCUCACCAGUGGAAAUCCUGCGCAAACAAAUUGCUGAUGAAAAUGGCAUUGUGGUUUGUCCUGGUGUAUACGAUGGUCUUAGUGCACGGGUAGCAUUGCACGCCGGCUUCAAGACAUUAUAUAUGACAGGCUCUGGAACUGCUGUGUCGAGAUUGGGAAUGCCUGAUAUUGGCCUAACCUCGUUAAAUGAUAUGAAACAAAACGCAGAGCUAAUCGCCAACCUCGAUACCUCCGUACCUCUGAUCGCUGAUGCUGAUACCGGAUUUGGAGGAGCUUUGAUGGUUGGUCGCACUGUAGCACAGUACAUGAGAGCCGGCGUCGCAGCCCUCCACUUAGAAGAUCAAGUUAUGAACAAACGUUGCGGCCAUCUCCGCAAUAAGGAGCUCGUCUCCGAAGAUGAAUUCCUCUCCCGGAUCCGAGCAGCAGUCAAUAUGCGCAGCCAGCUAUCCGGCGACAUCGUAAUAAUCGCGCGCACCGACACCCUACAAUCACUAGGUUUCGAAGUCGCGCUAGACCGACUAAAGAAGUCCAUAGCAAUUGGCGCUGACGUCGCAUUUUUAGAAGGUAUCCGAACCAUUGAACAAGCUCGAACCGCAUGUCGCGAACUCCAUCCAACGCCGGUACUGUACAACAUGGUGCAAGGGGGUGUGUCGCCGCAUUUGACAGUCGCUCAGGCGAAAGAAUUGGGAUUUCGAGUGAUUAUUUACCCAGCGAUUGCCUCCAGAGCUGCGUACAUGGCAAUUACAAAGGCGAUGAAUGUUGUACGGGAGAAGGGGGAUUUCCCGGAAGAUACUGGCCAUAUUCCGCCGUCAGAAAUGUAUCGUGUGUGUGGGUUGGAUGAUGCAAUAAAGUUCGAUCUGGCUGCCGGUAGUAAUACGUAUAAUGGAGGAAUAUAG